AUGAGGUUCCUCACUGUCGCCGCUGCGGUCUUUGCCAGCACUUCACUGGCCGUGCCCACCAACCCCAACAACGGCGGUGGUGCCUGUGUCCCCAAGUACCCCAGUGAUGGCGAAACGUCUAAAUAUACCAGGCCCUCACAUACCGGCAGCUACACCGGUCCUGGUAACAAGCCUACCAGCUCCAGCUAUACCGCCACCGGUAGCAACACCAGCUCUGGUCCUGGCACCCAGCCUACCGGCAGCAACACCAGCUCCUCCCCUGCCACCACCACCACUGGCUCCAACACCAGCUCCAACACCAACACCGGCCCUCCUGCCACCACCACCAGCAGUUCACCCCCUCAUCAUCACAAGUUCAAGUGCCCCAAAGGCCUAUACAGCAAUGCUCAAUGCUGCAAGGUUGAUGUCCUUGGUGUCCUCGGUGUCGACUGCGCCACCCCAAGCAGAGCCCCGACCUCUGGCGAUGACUUCAAGAGCAUCUGCGCUGCUAGCGGCAAGGAGGCCCUCUGCUGCGUGAUCCCGGUUGCCGGUCAAGACGUUCUCUGCCAGCCCGCUAUUCCUGGCGGCAACCAUCCUCCCACUUCUACUGCCCCCGGCGAGCCUACUUCUACCCAGCCUGGCGGCAACCCUCCCACUUCCACCGCUCCCGGCGAACCUACCUCUACCCAGCCUGGCGGUGGUAACCCUACUGGCACCCCGCCGCCCCCGGGCAACGGAGGUGAUGAACCAGUCUGCCCUACUGGCCUCUACAGCAACCCUCAAUGCUGCUCCACUGAUGUUCUUGGUGUUGCUGAUAUCGAUUGCAAAUCUCCCUCCUCAGCAUCCAACCCCAGCAACUUCCAGAGCGCUUGCGCCGCCGGCGGCCAAAAAGCCCGGUGCUGUGUUGUCCCCGUCGCAGGACAGAGUGUUCUCUGCACUGAUCCCCUCCCUGGCGGCAACCCCCCCGGCGGCAACCCCCCUCCUGGAGGCAACCCUCCUGGCAACGGCGGCAACGAGCCAGUCUGCCCUACUGGCCUCUACAGCAACCCUCAAUGCUGCGCCACUGACGUCCUCGGUGUUGCUGAUGUAGACUGCAAAACGCCCUCUUCGGCAUCCAGCCCCGCUGACUUCACACAAACUUGUGCCGCCGGCGGCCAGCGAGCUAGGUGCUGUGUUAUUCCCGUCGCCGGACAAGGUGUUCUUUGCACGGACCCCCUCCCCAGUGGUAACCCUCCCGGCGGCAAUCCCCCUCCCGGCGGCAAUCCCCCUCCUGGCGGUAACCCUCCCGGUAACGGCGGCGAUGCCCCGGUUUGCCCUGUUGGCGUCUUCAGCAUCCCUCAAUGCUGUGCCACUGAUGUCCUCGGUAUUGCUGAUCUUGACUGCAAGACUCCCUCUUCGGCAUCCAGCCCUUCGGACUUCACGCAGACUUGCGCCGCCGGCGGGCAGCGCGCUAGGUGCUGUGCCGUCCCCGUUGCUGGACAGGAUGUUCUCUGCACGAAUCCCCUCCCUGGUGGCGGCAACCCUCCUCCCACUUCUACCGCUCCCAGCGAACCUACCUCUACCCAGCCUGGCGGUGGUAGCCCUACCUCUACUGAUGCCGGUGGCGAGUCUUGCCCCAGCGGCCUUUACAGCGUCCCUCAGUGUUGCGCCGUUGAUGUCCUCGGUGUUGCCGAUAUUGACUGCAAAUCCCCCAGCCGAACCUUUACCUCUGGCCCGGACUUCAAGGCUGUGUGCGCAGCCCACGGUCUGAAGCCCAGGUGCUGUGUCGUCCCCAUCGCCGGACAGGCCGUUUUGUGCGAAACCCCUGUUGGCACCUCGUAA